AUGGGUGGAGCCAGGCGGCAGCAGGCGCUGACCCUCUUCCCCACCUGCCUUGCCCUCGCCUUCUCCCCCACUGUGGGCAGCCACAGGUGUGAGGGGAUCCGGAGGGUGGCACAGCCGCUGUACCAGGACCAUCUCGAGGGGCUGCAUGGCAUCCAGCUCAGCAGGGAUGGUGGUGGUAGCAGGAGGGACAACGGGAGCCAGGCUGUCCAGGUCAUCCGGGAGAUGGGGGAUGACAAGCUCAUCCAGCGCAGGUUCCUCGUGGCUCAGUCCUGCCAAGAGAGCCUCAGCUGUGCAGGUGAAAAGUGUAGGAGUUUUCAGAGUAUAAUACCAGCUGAAGGACGCGGUGUCUUAUGGCUGUCCAUUGGGGCUGAGAUCCUGAAUAUCCUUCUGAUGUUGUCAAGGGCCAUCCUUCUGGACUCUGGAGUGAAUUACCAUAGCUCUGGGUUCCACUGGCUCAAGGUGGAUGCCUAUGUAGCUACCCUCAGUUGCAGGCUUACUUGUGCAGGGCUCCUAGGCAUGGUGGCCCACAUGAUGUACACAACCAUUUUUAAAAUCACUAUGAAUCUUGGACCAGAAGAUUGGAGGCCUCAGACAUGGAACUAUGACUGGUGCCAUUGCCUUCUGUAGGGUUCUUUUGCUCUCUGCAUGACUGUGUCAGUCAUUGCCAUGGACAGAUACACAGCAGCCCUCCUGGUCCAAGAGAAGCAGAGGGUACAGAAGGGCAGUCAGCACUCUCACCACAACUUUCUGGAACCUGAGGCUUUGGAAAGUGUUUGGUGAACAGAAGCUGCAUCCAGCCCUGCUGGGCAUGCUCUCAUGAGUGUAUGUGAGCACCUGCCACCAGGUGUCAAGGUGUCCAUAUGCUAG